AUGGACUGGGAAGACAAUGUAACUCAAUUCCACUUGACCACCAUAGCUCGUAUUAGACAGUACUGUGAAAUGCAAGGAAGUGAGCAGGAGCCUGACUUGGAAAUUAAGCGUUUCAAUGCUGCGAAGUCUCGUCGCUUAGCUGGCGGUAUGGUCGAACGAACGGCUCAAAAGUGGGCUAAAAGACUUAAAGAAGAUAAGGAUUGGAAUAUUUUAGAAAAGCAGACAAACCUGGUUAAUAGACCAAAGCCUCAGCUAAGACCAGAACAUAAAACUCUCCUAGUAAAUUCUUUCGAUAACCCGCAAACACGAUUGACUGACGCAGUUGAUUCUCUCACUCACAACUUUGCAGACUUUAAGUAUUGA